GCUGUCGGGGUAUUUAGGGGAGCGUUGGGCGGGGGUGUCGCUGCAGCCGCGGCGGGCAACUGUCUCUGGCGCCAUGAAGGGCAGCGGCAUCGAGAACCCGGCGUUCGAGAUGCCUAGCCCCAAGCUCGGCCGGCGCUGGCUCGAGGGCCCCGCCAGGGCAGGUACCGGCGCCGCGGCCCACGCCGGGCCCGGCUCCGGCCCCGAGGAGGGACCCUGCGGGUGGGGCCCCUGCGCCCCCAGAACUCUGCAGCUCUGCAACAAUUCCGAGGGGUAUCUGGCUGCCUACAGCUUGCUGGCCAUCUUCCAAGGUGUUGUGGUAAAUGGCCUGAUUAACAUUAGUAUUUCAACAAUUGAGAAGCGUUAUGAGUUGAACAGUUCCCUCACUGGCUUAAUCUCUGCAAGCUAUGACAUUGCUUUCUGUCUUUUGUCACUGUUUGUAUCUUACUUUGGAGAAAGAGGACACAAACCACGAUGGCUUGCUUUCUCAGCAUUUAUGCUAGGACUGGGCUCACUUGUAUUUUCUUUACCACACUUCAAGAGUGGAAAAUACCAAUAUGGAGGUAAACUUGAAGACACGUGUCAAACUGCAGAAACCACCUUUGUUAAUGCUACCUGCAGUGCCAGCACAAACUCUUCCCUUCACAACUAUCUGUACGUCUUUAUUGUGGGACAGCUGCUGCUGGGAGUUGGAGGAACUCCUCUGUAUACUUUGGGGACAGCUUUUAUUGAUGAUAGUGUCCCAAAACACAAGUCUUCCCUUUAUAUAGGAAUUGGCUAUGCCAUGUCUCUGCUGGGUCCUGCUAUUGGCUAUGUUUUAGGAGGGCAGCUGCUUAAGGUUUAUAUUGAUAUCCAGAUCCCAGAAAGUUCAAAGCUCAAUCAAGACGACCCACGUUGGCUUGGAGCAUGGUGGAUAGGAUUUCUUGCAUGCUUUUUUGCAAUUUGGCUUCUUAUAAUACCUUUUUCAUGCUUUCCGAGGCAUCUACCAGGAACAGCAAAAAUACAGGCUGAAAAAAUCUCUGAAACACAUGAUGAUGGAAGUCAGAUACUGGUUCAGGCCAACAACAUUGGACAAAGUUUUAAAGACUUUCCUUUGGCUCUCCUGAUACUGUUGAAGAAUCCAGUGCUCAUGAGUCUAAUAAUAGCCAGUUCCUCAGAAGCUUUAGUUGCCACUGGAUUUGCCACAUUUCUACCAAAGUUUAUAGAAAAUCAAUUUGGAAAGUCAUCAAGUUUUUCAGCAACUCUUGGAGGAAUUGUAUUAAUUCCAGCAGCAGCCCUAGGCCAAGUCAUAAGUGGUGUCUUGGUUUCCAAGUUCAAAAUGAGUUGCAGAGCCAUAAUCAAGUUCAUGAUAAGCACUUGUUCAGUGGCCCUAAUUUUAAACACAGUGUUUUUAUUUGCUAAGUGCGGGAAUGAACCUUUUGCAGGUGUCUCUGAAACGUAUAAUGGAACAGGCACUCUGUAUAACUUAACAGCACCAUGCAAUGCUAACUGCAGGUGUUUGCGCUCCAUGUACUACCCAAUUUGUGGCAGAGAUGAAGUCCAGUACUUUUCUCCCUGUUUUGCGGGAUGUGCCUCGUAUUUUUUCAACAACAUGAAAAAGACAUUCCACAACUGUUCUUGUAUUGGGAAACCAAAAAGAGAAAAUGGUUCAGAAGACUAUGAAGCUGUCCCUGGGAAAUGUCCAACAAAAUGCAAUUUUUUACCUUUAUUCCUGACCUUCUUCUUUUUUGCUGUGGUUUUUACAUUUAUGGCUGUUACACCAACAACUGUGGCCAUUCUCAGGUGUGUGCCAGAUAAACAGCGCUCAUUUGCUCUUGGAGUACAGUCAGUGUUUCUGAGACUACUGGGUACUAUUCCUGGACCUAUCUUGUUUGGAGUUGCUAUAGAUAACAGUUGUACUCUGUGGGAUAUUAAUGAAUGUGAAGCUAAAGGAGCCUGCUGGAUAUAUGACAAUGAAAGAAUGGCUUAUUUGCUGAUGGGUAUAAAUACUAUGAAGAAACUCUUUACUGAGAGGGUGGCCACACACUGGAACGGGUUGCACCAACAAGUUAUGGAUGCCCCAUGCCCAGAAGUGUUCAAGGUGCUGCUUGCAAAAUCAUCACAAUCAUCUUUGUGGUCAUGGCAGUGUAUUUCUACAAGCCUCCACCAUUAACUAAAGCCCUGCCACGAAAGACUGCAGAAAAGAGAUCUGCUAUACACACAUAAAUUGUGAGCAAAUCAGGAACUUUUGAAAGAAAAAUGUAAAGAUAAGCAUUAUGACAACACUUGUACCAAAGUUCUUGUACUGCAUUACCUAAAUAUAAAAAGAUCAUAUUCAACAGUUGAACAACUUGAAAUAGUUGUGAAUCUAUAGUGUUCUCUAAUUUGCUAAACAUUGUUUAGUAUUCCAUUGUUUCAAUCCAAAGAAGUGACACUUGAAUUUUCAGUCUAAUUUUAAAAGUCUGGUAUGUAACUUAGUUGAAACAAGAUGAAUACUCUGAUCAUAAAACAUGAGAAAUAAACUGAACAAGCUGACUGAGCUGCAUUUAUCCCUAAAUUUUACUGUAUUGGGAGAAAACAAGUAACUUAGUAUAUUGAAGGGAACUGUUCAUGUUUAAAAAGGACUUAAUGUGCACAUAAUCUGGGCUAAUGCCUUCGGGRAUUUUUCUGUAGAAACACUUGGGAAUGUGUGAAUUUAGCUGUUUUAGAAAUAUUUUUACAUGGAUCUUAAUGGCAUAAGUUUACUUUUUAGUAUUUAUAGGAAAAUGUAAAUAGUUAGGAUAGCUGAGUUGCAAAAUUACAAUAUGUGUUAAUUUAAGUGCUUGAGUUUCUACCUGGGAUAUAUACAGAGACUUGCUGUUCAACUGCUUUAUUUAAGUCUUGUUAAAAUGUUUCUAUAAAAUUUAAAAAUAAAACCUAUUUUCCUACUAAAUCUGUGUAUUCACUGUCAUUUGCAAAUGUGACUAAGGUCUUUUUAACUGUGUUUCUUAAACACAGGGCUGAAGGCUAGCAAGAAUAUGUAUGGAAGCAUCAAAACUAAAAUAUAGCUUUAGUUGUUCUUUUUGACUUAAUGUAAGUCAUGUUAUUAAAGCCAUAUUUGUAUAGCACAAUGCAAGUGGUCGCAAGUUAGCCACUAUUACCAGACAUUAAACUAUAUUGCCCACUACCAAAAUAUCAUUCGAUAUUGACAACAGGAAAAUUUUCAUGAUUAAGAUACCCUCUGCACUCACUUUGUUACUAAAUGGGGUUUUUUCUGUUGUUCAUGCUGUUCAUGUCACUUUUAGAAAGCGGUGUGCCAUCUUCCUUGGAUUACAAGGACUAUAUUUAUUGACUGCCAAGAUUUUGAAACAAGUGCUACAACAAAGGAUUAUAGUAUAUGACUCAUGUUUCAUCUAAUUCUUUAAGUGUAACUGUUAAAUUAGCUAGAGGUUAAGUAUGCAGCUCAAGAAGAUCCUCUAUUUGUAAAUAACUAUUCAGGAAAUAAAGCAAAAU